UCACAGUAAUUUUGGUCUACAGUAUGUGGCUCCAUGCGUUGCAGCGGUGCGUAAAAUGCGUUUCCAUGGCUGUGCGUUACAGUAGACGUUUCUAAGCGAGCGUUAUUUCAGGAGGUCGAGCGCUCGGAAUGGGAUCCGCAAUUUGGGCAGCAUGUGCGAUUGGUUGAUAACAGCAGUGACGUCACUGCGCCGUUUAUCUUCGCGAGCGCUCCGGUGGCUCUGACUGGGAGUGGAAGCAGGAGCGGGAUGGAGCGCGGCGCGUUUGGAGCCACGGCGCGGCGGCGCGCCACCGAGGAGCCGAAGUUUGGAUAACUUACAUUUGAAAACCAAGUUUCCUCACAGAGCCCAGACACACCAUGGGGGACGGGUUACCGUCCAUGAACUAUACCAACGACACCACACGAGGACGAGUGGAUCUUAACGGUCCGGACAGCGGUUUCUCGGAGCAGUGGGUCGUAGCUAUGGGGAUAGUCAUGGCUCUGAUUGUGAUCAUCACUGUAGUGGGGAAUAUACUGGUCAUUGUGGCUAUAGCGCGGAAUCAGAGGUUGCAGACGCUGACCAAUGUGUUUAUUGUGUCUCUAGCGUGCGCUGAUCUGAUCAUGGGAUUGCUGGUGGUGCCGUUUGGCGCAACGCUGGAGCUCCGGGGCGCGUGGCUUUACGGCUCCUACUUCUGCGAGGUGUGGAUCUCGGUGGACGUCCUCUGCGUCACGGCCAGCAUCGAGACCCUCUGCGUGAUCGCCAUAGACAGGUACAUUGCCAUCACGUGGCCGUUUCGUUACCAAAGCCUUUUGACCAAGUCGAGAGCUAAAGGGGUCGUGUGCGCCGUGUGGGCCGUGUCAGCGCUCGUGUCGUUUCCGCCGAUCCUGCUGCACUGGUCGCGCGACAGGGACGAGACGGAGUGCUACGAUGACCCGGAGUGCUGCGACUUCAUCACUAACCGCGCUUACGCUGUCGCCUCUUCAGUCAUAUCCUUCUACAUUCCUCUGGUGGUUAUGGUGUUCGUUUACGCCCGCGUGUACCGGGAAGCCAAGAAGCAGCUCCGGAAAAUAGACAAGUGCGAAGGGAGGUUUUAUAACAACCACGGCGUCUCGGCGUACAAGCUGAACCGAAAGCGGCCGUCCGGGAUUGUGGCCAUUAAGGAGCAGAAGGCGCUUAAGACUCUCGGCAUCAUCAUGGGGACUUUCACGCUCUGCUGGCUGCCUUUCUUCCUGGUCAAUGUCGUGCGCGGAUUCUGCGCCGAGGCUGUGGACAAGGAGCUCUUCGUCUUUUUCAACUGGCUCGGUUACGCCAACUCGGCGUUCAACCCACUCAUCUACUGCCGCAGCCCGGACUUCAGGAGGGCUUUCCGCAGGCUGCUCAUGCCGUGCUGGCCGAGGCGCGCUGAUCACGGACUCACCGUCAGCUCGUGUGAGCUGUCGCGCUGCGCAGUGGAGAGCCGCGCGCUCGCACCAUGGACCGACUGCAACGGCACCCGGGACAGCAACUGCAGCCUGGACCACAGCAGCAGAGUGUCUCACACCGAGUCUCAGCUGUGACCUUCAUAUGCGGAUUUAUUUCCCAUACAGAUUCAAUUCUAAAUGUAAAGAUGUGCGGUCAUCAUUAGCCUAUAAAUUAAAUCAAGUCUUUUAAACAUCUUCCAUUUUUUUUAAAAUAUAUACAAAUAUUUGCCAAAACCAGUGGGCCUCUUAGAACAACCACAACCUAUACAUAUACUUGCAGUGAGGAGAGUCGAAAGAAUACAAAAACACUCGUUUUGUUUUCAGCAUCUUCACAGUAUGAACACUUCUAAAAUGCUAAAAUGCUAUAGAAAUUGACAUUUCCAUAACCUAGAAUGAAAUUCCCAAACCCACACUGUUAUUAACAGCUUUAUUCUGUGUAUAAGUGCAACUGUGCACAAAGAGACACUGUAAGAGUUCAUUCCUAAUUUAUGGGUCGUUAUUAGACAAUAAAUAGAAACAUAUCAGGUGUGCCAUACAGCUAGGCUACUUACAGCAACCAUACCUGCAGUGAGGGUUCUAAAAUGCCAAAAUAAAAUGCAAUAACUUCCCCAAAUCCUCACAUCUAGUUUAUAUAUGAAUCCAACUGGGCACAACUAAACACCACCAGUUAGUUCAUCCACUGGUGUGAGUCAUUAUUAGACUAUAAACAGGAAAUGAAGAGCCAAGAGAUGUUUUUAACAUUUGCCCUACAUACAUGACUGUGAGAAGAGAAAUUUGCAUCUGUUGUGAGCACUGACACUGCAUGAACUUUUUUUUUUUUUUUUUCAUUUUUAGAGUCAUUUUCACCAAUCCAUCAUUUGUCAUAUUGUACAUAGGAGUGUGUGACAUUUGACUUACAGCAUAAUACAGGAAUGUGCAAAUUGUACGAAAUGAAAUUGUUUAUAUUAAACAGCCAUAUCAAACUGUACAGUAUUUAUUCAGUACCAUGUACAGCUGAUGGAGAGUUUUCAGCACGUGAGCAUAUGAAAGGAGCUGUGAUUCAGUGCUUCAUGUUUGCACCUUAUAUACCGUCUAAUGUGAGCUGCUUCUUUUCUCGUUGAAUAUAAUAUUUAAUAUUUCAGUAUGCUGGUCUGCCUGAUACUGAAAUGGAGGCUCAGUGAUUUAUUUACUGAGUCACUAAUAGGUCUGGUCCUGUUUUAUUCAGUCGAUUUUCCUGCCCAGGUCCAUAUAUCUAGAUUUGUCAUUAAUGUACAAGCGCCUCAUAUAAUGUAUAAGGUGGUCACAUUUAUGAGUGUGCAAUAAAUUAUCCAGAUGUAAAUGAAUCCUCUAUCAUUUAUUUGUUGUUGCAGUGAACUAAAUACAGGCAAUCUCACCAAAUCAUUUGCAUUACCUUUACAGAUAUUUUAUUUCCGACCUCCCUGACUGAAAAUCAGAAAAGUCAGACAAUAUUUAAUCUGUAUUUGAUUAAAAAUUAAUGCAGACUCCCACUACAGUCCAGUCUAUCGAAGUGCAUCAAUUACUGCAUCUCACUCAAUGCAUCUGAAAUGUAGAACCUAUUUUACAGUCGUAACCACAUCAUUAGAUU